AUGUCAAACGGGACCUCGACAGCUUCCUCUGCCUCCUCCUCCUCCUCCUCCAGCACCUCCACUUCUCCAACUUCGACAUCAAACUCCACUGCCACUUCCACAACACCGUCUUCCUCGUCGCCGACCACGUCAGCGACAGCACCAACUGCAGAGUCAAAACAAGGACUCUCCGGGUCUCAGAUAGGAGGCAUAGUCGGCGGUAUUGUUGGCGCGGCGUUCCUCCUCGGGGUUAUUGCGCUGUUUCUUUUCUUUCGUCGGCGGACGGGCCAGAGAGACACUCCACAGGAGGGUCCGGAUGCUCAGGGACCUGUUUCGGAGGCGGGUAAGCUGGUGGUGGAGGAGGAGGUGGUGGGGAAGGAUGUGCCGAUGCUUGAGGGGAGUAUGAGGCAGGAGCUGGAUGCGCAGGGCGGGGCGGCGUUGCAUGAGAUGGAGGGGGCUAGUGGACGGGGGCUAGUCGGAGUUGGUGGUGAGAAGGGGGCUGGUGUGUCGGAGUUGGAGGGACAGAGGACGGUUGUUGCUGAGUUGGAUGGAGCGUCUGUUAUUCGGGGUUCUGGUGGGUGA